UAGCCACACUCAUUCACACAGUCACUUUCCCCCUGCUAGUGACUUUCACCACUGCAACUUUUUGCUGCCUACCAGGUUUCUUCCCUCCACCCAUGAUGACCCGCUCCCUCGGCUUAAUCGUCCAGCUCCUUCUGCUGCUGUCCCUUAGCUUCACCGCACGCGCUGAACCUCGGAGGACCACGACGUCUCAGCGCAGAACUCCUCGCGCACCGGCCGCCAAGGUGCGCCUUGCCGGCAACUUUGUGCGCGAGGCGAACGAAGGGCGCGUGGAGGUGCUGCACAACAACACCUGGGGUACCAUCUGUGAUGAUGAGGUGGACAUUAACCUGGCUAACGUGGUGUGCCGAGAACUGGGGUUUCGAGGAGCGGUAACGUGGGCCCACAGUGCCAAGUAUGGAGAAGGGACAGGUCCUAUUUGGAUGGAUAACAUACGGUGCGACGGCUCAGAGAAGUCCUUGAAGGACUGCAAACACAAUGGUUGGGGGGUAAAUGACUGCAAGCACUCUGAAGACUUAGGGGUUGUGUGCACCCCUGAGCGCAGACUGGAUCAGUCUGCCAGCAGAGGUUACACUACACCUGUCAGGCCUUCUGGCAACACUGCUUCUCAGUGGGGGGGUAUUGUUACAACACAGAGGCAUCCAGGAUACGGGUAUUACGGGAAUGGACAUCCGUAUGAGAUCCCAAGGUUCCAAAGGCACCACCAUUACCAGGGUCACAGCAGAGUACGGAUUGAAGAGGUCCGUCUGCGUCCCAUCCUGUCAGCUACAAAGAAGAAGAACCUUAUCUCAGAGGGUGUAGUGGAAGUGAAGCAUGCUGGGAGAUGGAGGCAAGUCUGUGACCUAGGUUGGAGUCUCAACAGCAGCCGGGUGGUGUGCGGGAUGCUUGGCUUUCCAGAGGCAACUCAGCACAAUGUCAAAACAUACAAGAAAAUAUGGAAUUCCAAGGUUAAAGAUCCAUCAACAAGAGUAAGCCUCAUGGCAAAAAAGAAGGGAUUCUGGGUAGAGAAGGUGCACUGUCUGGGCACGGAGAACACCCUGUCGGAGUGCCACUCUCAGCUGUCAAUUCCUCGAAGUCCUACGCCUUGUAAGAACGGGCAGUUUGCAGUGGCAAAAUGUGUGCCAGGACCUCAAUUUGCUCGCAUCUCCUCAGGAAGGCCCCAGGCUCCUCAUCCUGUAGUGCCUGUGCGUCUCAAGGCAGGUCCCAGGCUUGGUGAAGGCCGUGUGGAGGUUCUUCGAAAUGGAAAAUGGGGGACGAUUGUUGAUCACUUGUGGGACAGAACUGCAGCCAGUGUUGUUUGCAGAGAGCUCGGCUUUGGUACUGCCAAGGAUGCCUUGCACGGAGCCUUUAUGGGCCAAGGUACGGGACCUAUUCAUAUGAACAAUGUGCAGUGUAUGGGUUCAGAACGCUCCAUCCUGGAUUGCUACUUCCAAGAAGUCCAACCAUGGACAUUCAAACACACUCAGGAUGCUUCUGUGCGUUGUAACGUUCCCAAGACUGGCAUAGAGAAAACGGUUCGUCUUGCUGGUGGAAGAGCCUCUUCGGAAGGACGUGUCGAAGUUUUGAUGGACUUUGGGGGACGGAAGCGCUGGGGUUCUGUCUGCAGCGAAAACUGGGGGAUAAAUGAAGCUAUGGUGGUGUGCAGACAGCUCGGUUUGGGUUUUGCUGCAAGUGCUCAUCAGGAGACAUGGUACUGGCCCGGUACUGCGAAUGCAAGUGAAGUGAUUCUUAGUGGCACUCACUGUGUGGGAACAGAGCUCUCUAUCCAACAAUGUCGUCACAACAACCACAUCCACUGCCCUCGCGGAGGAGGAGCCAAGGCUGCUGGGGUCAGAUGCUCAGAGACUGCUCCAGACCUUGUUUUGGACGCCCAGCUGGUUCAGGAAACAACCUACCUGGAAGACCGACCACUUCAUUUGCUGACUUGUGCUCAUGAAGAGAACUGUCUGUCAUCCUCUGCUGCCAGAAUGAACUGGCCAUAUGGCCACAGACGCCUGCUGCGCUUCUCUUCACGUAUUAUGAACCUAGGUCGAUCCGAUUUCAGACCCAAGGCAUCGAAAGAAAGCUGGACAUGGCACCAGUGUCACAGGCACUACCACAGCAUCGAGGUGUUCACCCAUUACGACCUGCUGACGCUGAACGGCACAAGGAUUGCAGAGGGACACAAGGCCAGUUUCUGUCUGGAGGACACAUACUGCCCCGAUGGAAUCCAGAAGAGGUUCUCCUGCUACAACAUGGGUGAUCAAGGCAUUUCUGUGGGCUGCUGGGACACCUACCGCCAUGACAUUGACUGUCAGUGGGUUGACAUGACAGAUGUACGACCAGGGGAUUACAUUUUCCAGGUGGAAGUUAACCCCUCUUUGGACAUGGCUGAGUCUGACUUUAUGAACAAUGUCAUGAGGUGUCGGUGCAAAUAUGAUGGUCACAGAGCUUACAUGUACAGCUGUCACACAGGUGACGCUUACAGUGCAGAGACUGAAGACCUUUUUGAGCACCAAAGGCAAAUAACCAACAAUUCUGUGUAGCUCAUUCCAAUGUAAAGACCUUCCAACGAAGCACAGAGACAAUUCAAAGUGGGCUAAGGUCGAAAGGCUCCAGGAUCACAGACUCAGUAACAUAACAACAUGGGUCCUGCUAAUGUCCUUGAAGAUCUGGGUAGAAUAUUUAAGAACUCACCAAGUGACAGCAGCAUUCAUUGCAGCAUCUUCCAUUGACUAAAACAUCCAUCGACGGCAAGAGAGGAACAGGUGUCACUUUGUUCAAACUGUUUCCCAGCUCUACUAAGGAAAAAUUAACUUAGAUUUAGAUUUUAACUCUUGUGGAUCUUAGCAAAUUAUAGAAAUCUUACAUUCAAAACUAACUAGGAACAGGUAAACUGGUAUCAUUUUCAAACAGGAAGAUAUGAAAACCUGAGAAAAAGAUAUGAGAUGAGAUUUUGUGAGUUUUGUCACAAAAUGUUGCAUAACAGGUUUAUAAGACAUUUUUCUAAAAGUGCCACAUAUUUAGGCUAUUAGCAUUAGCAUGCAAAAUUUCCCAUUUAAGUUUAUAUCUGACUCAUUUUGAAUUUUGGUGCUUUCUUUUUCUUAACCAGUGAUACUGUAUUAUUUUUGUCACAUUAACCUCAAUGAGUUUCAUAUGAAAGAUUUUGUACAGUAUAUUUUGGAUAAUUUUCAUUAAUAGACAUAUUUUAUUUUAUUAACUUUUUAAUUCUAAUUAAAUAAUCUUUGAUUUUUUUUAUAUGUUGUGUUCCACCUUUAGAGUAGAUAACAGGAGGUUAGUUUUUUUUUUUUUUUCAUAUAAGAAAGCACUUUAUCUUUAAAGUAAGUAUUCAAAUUUAGUCCCCAUUUUUGAUUCGCCCAAAAUUUUUAAAUUUUUUU